CAUUCAAAUUUGAAUUCCAAUCUCUCUCUCUCUCUCUCUCUCUCUCUCUCUCUGAAAUCUGAAUCUGUGUGAUAUCUUCUAAUGCAGUUAUAGAACUUCAGACAAUCUUUGCCAUUGACCCCAGCAGAAACCAAAAUCUAACAACAUCCCAAGAAGGCAAGAAUCCAGCCCUUCCAGUAGCUUUCGUCUCCGGUCCAUAACAAUUAACAACCCCUUCAGAACCUCUCUCAGCCCAAACUUCUCUUGCUCUGCCAUGACUGGUUUUAAGAAAUCUUCAUUUCCCCGCCAAUCUUCAUACAAUUCGCUCUAUGUCAAUCCCCUCAAUGAAAUCAAGCACACCCGGAGCAGUAGUGAAGGGGACCGCAGCAAUGGUGGGGUGCUCUGCCAUAAGAUAAACCAGAAUCUGGAUAGCCCCUCACAUGACAAGGAAAAUGCCACACCCAACAAGGAGAAUGUUGUGCCCAAUGUCUCCAACGGCAAAGAGAAUUCAGCAACGGAGAAGGGGGGUUUUCUUAAUAAGGGUAAACAGUUGCUUGAUGGGAGAACUCCUCCUUCAUUGGGACCCAAGAACAGGAUCUUGAGGCCAUCUUCCCUUCAGCUAUGCAUGCAAUUGAACGAGCCUGAUACGACAUUUGGGUUGAAGAUCUGGGACCCAUUAGAGUCUGAUAAAUCCAACUCGUCAAACAUGUGGGACUAUUCAGAUUCGGAAGCUGCACCUGCUUCUUCUUGGUCUACUCUGCCUAAUAGGUCUUUGUUGUGUAGGCCUUUGCCUUUGGACGUAGGGAGGUGCACUUGUGUUAUAGUGAAGGAAGCCUCAGUAGAGGGAUUGGAUGGGGGAACUCUCUAUUCACUCUAUACCAAUGAGGGUCGCGGAAGACAGGAUCGAAAACUAGCUGUGGCUCACCAUCGACGGCGAAAUGGACGGUCUGAAUUCACAAUAGCUCAGAAUACAAAGGGGAUAUUGUGUAGAUCAGAUGAGACUUUCUUAGGGACUGUUACAGCUAACCUCAUGGGAUCAAAAUAUCAAAUAUUAGGCCAGGGUAAGCCGGUUGAUUCACUGCAGAAACAGUCUAAGUUAUUGCUUGCAGUAGUAGCAUAUACGCCUACAGUAACCACCUUAACAGGAAGUUACAGAAGCAUGAGAGCAUGGAUACCCAAGCACCAGUCCAUGCAAUUAAAGAACACUUCUCAGAUUCAACAUAUUAGCGGACUUCACAAGGACUGGCAGGGGAAAUUAAAUAAAGUCCAUCAACUCUUCUCAAGAGUUCCACAUUACAACAGUAUUUCAAAGAGAUAUGAAUUAGACUUCAGAGAGAGGGGAAGAACCGGACUUAAAAUCCAAAGCUCAGUAAAAAAUUUCCAGCUGACAAUGGAGGAGAAUGGAAAACAGUCAAUUUUGCAGCUUGGAAGAGUAGGGAAAUCGAAGUAUGUGUUGGAUUACAGAUAUCCACUAACUGGUUACCAGGCUUUCUGUAUAUGCUUGACAUCCAUAGAUUCAAAGCUCUGUUGCACAAUGUAAUAAGAAAUAGCUAUCCCUUCUGUAGUUCAAUCUCUGAACACAAAAGGUUUUUGUUCCCUGAUUUUAAUGGUGCCCUUGAUGGCAUAAAACGUCCAUAUCUUCUCUAUGUAUAGUUGAUGCGGCUCUGAGAUAUCCAAUAGAUCAGUCCUAGUGAAUGCAGAAGUGGGAAGGAGAGAUUGUAUGUUAUUUUCAUUUAGGAUGCUGAAAGACACAGAAAAGAAAAAGGGGCAAGUCUUUAGACUGCAGUUCUUGAAUUGUUCUUCCACUUAAAUUUUGCUUAUACAUCAACUGUUACUUCUGAAUGCCAAGAUUUCAUGUAUGCAUUUAUCAUGCUGUCAGUUGAACGAUGACCUGUUAUUUCUGAUUAAUGAAAAGCAUUCACCAGCUU